AUGCAGACCCCAGGACCUGAGCAAGAUGACUCCUUUGAUUUCCUGUUUAAGAUCAUCCUGAUCGGAGACUCUAACGUAGGGAAGACCUGCGUGGUUCAGAAUUUCAAGUCAGGGUUUUUCUCAGAAAGACAGCAGAACACCAUCGGAGUGGAUUUCACUGUACGGACGGUGGAUAUCGAGGGGAGGAGAGUUAAGAUGCAGGUGUGGGACACGGCAGGUCAGGAGCGGUUUCGCACAAUCACCCAGAGCUACUACCGCAGUGCUCACGGCGCCAUCAUCGCCUAUGACAUCACACGACGCUCGACCUUUGACUCAGUGGCUCACUGGAUCAAAGAGGUGGAGCUCUAUGGAGCGAACAAUGUAGUGCUGGUUCUCAUAGGUAACAAAUGUGACCUGGAGCAGGAACGUCAGGUUCCGUUUGAGGAGUCCUGCAAUCUGGCAAAGGACAAAGACAUACUAGCUGCUCUAGAAACAUCAGCAAAGGAGAGUCAGAAUGUGGAAGAAGCCUUCAUCAUGAUGGCUAGAGAGCUGCUGUUGCGUAACGGCCUUAAUAUCCAGCAGGGGGACUUAAAUAGCAGCAACACACCUCGAGUUCUUCUCCGGUCCAGCUCUCGGGCUAUCGAUGGCUUUGUAGAUACCUACACACCACCAGAGAAGAAGACAUGUUGCUGA